AUGGCGAGCGGCGGGGCGGUGAGGGAGGUGCGUUCGCCGGCGGAGCUGGAGGCGGCGGUGGCAGGGGCGCGGGCGGCGGCCGUGCACUUCUGGGCGUCCUGGUGCGAGGCGUCCAAGCAGAUGGACGAGGUCUUCGCGCACCUCGCCGUCGAUUUCCCCCACACGGUCUUCCUCCGGGUUGAAGCUGAAGAACAACCUGAAAUAUCAGAGGCACAUGGAGUUUCAGCAGUGCCAUAUUUUGUUUUCUACAAGGAAGGUAAAACUGUCGAUACUUUGGAGGGAGCAAACCCAGCCAGCCUAGCCAAUAAGGUUGCAAAAGUAGCUGGGCCUGCUAGUGUUGCUGAGUCUGCUGUACCUGCUAGCCUCGGAGUUGCUGCUGGGCCUGCUGUACUUGAAAACAUCCAAAAGAUGGCACAACAAAAUGGUUCUUCUGCUGCUGAAAGCACAAACUCUGGUAGCACGGAAGAUGCAUUGAAUAAGCGAUUGGAGCAGCUUGUCAAUUCCCAUCCUGUGUUUUUAUUUAUGAAGGGAACCCCAGAACAACCAAGGUGUGGUUUCAGCCGUAAAGUGGUUGACAUUUUGAAGCAGGAAGGAGUCAAAUUUGGGAGUUUUGACAUUCUUACAGAUAAUGAUGUCCGUGAAGGUAUGAAGAAGUUCUCCAACUGGCCCACUUUCCCUCAACUCUACUGCAAAGGUGAGCUGCUUGGUGGAUGUGAUAUUGUUAUCGCUAUGCAUGACAGUGGUGAAUUGAAGGAUGUUUUUGAGGAGCACAAUAUUCCCCUCAAACCACAGGGAAGCAAAAAUGAAGAAGCAGGUGAACCUGGGUCUGCAACUGAGAAGGGUGGUGCAGUUGCUGAACCAAUCGGGCUUACUGAUGCUCAGAAAGCUCGUUUGGAAAGCCUUAUUAAUUCCAGCCCAGUGAUGGUAUUCAUCAAAGGUACACCUGAUGAACCAAAGUGUGGGUUCAGUGGGAAGCUGCUUCACAUACUUAAGCAAGAGAACAUUCCUUUCUCCAGUUUUGACAUUCUUUCAGAUGAUGAGGUUAGACAGGGGCUGAAGGUGCUCUCAAACUGGCCCAGUUACCCUCAACUGUACAUAAAAAGUGAACUCGUUGGCGGCUCAGACAUAGUGAUGGAGAUGCAUAAGAGUGGUGAGCUGAAGAAGGUCCUGUCUGAGAAAGGGGUUAUUCCAAAAGAAAGUCUGGAGGACAGAUUGAAGUCCCUGAUUUCCUCUGCCCCAGUGAUGCUUUUCAUGAAGGGCACCCCAGAUGCUCCUCGUUGUGGCUUCAGUUCGAAGGUUGUGAACGCCUUGAAGAAGGAAGGGGUCAGCUUUGGGUCCUUUGACAUCUUAUCUGACGAGGAAGUUAGACAAGGUUUGAAGACAUACUCCAACUGGCCUACGUUUCCCCAACUCUACUACAAAUCAGAACUGAUUGGGGGUUGUGAUAUCAUUCUUGAGAUGGAGAAGAGCGGAGAGCUGAAGUCGACCCUGUCAGAGUAG